AUGUCUCUUAACACCGACCAAAGUAAAAAGGUAAAACCUUCUCCAAAAUCGACACGCGGUAGAAAGCGUAGAGUAGCUCCUAAUGACUUGGACCCGACGGGGCGCAACCAUUUUAUGGUAUUGGAGAAACAAAGAAUGGCAGAAAAGGGAGCCGGCUUCAAAGAAGAGCAACGUCUUUUUAACACGGUAGAAAAAUCAGUCAGUAUUGUAGAACAUACAGCCGUAGUGACCAUUAAUAUUGAAAGACAGGAGCUUGCACUCAUGACUACAGAGGAGUUGAAAAUGUAUGCCAAAUAUAUUGAGAUAACGCUACAUAAUUAUAAGCCAACUUAA